CCAAUUAGCACCAAGUUGUUGCAAAGGAACUUUUCAAUCCACUAAAAUACAAUUGAGAAAAACAAAUCCUCAUAAUUUAAAUCCCAAUACUGCACUAAUCUCAUGACACAAAUCCUUUGGCUACUAAACCAAGAAAACCCAGUUGUGUCAGAGUUUAUGCUUUCCGAACGGUUGACUUUUCCAGGCAGAUCAACUUCCAUUUCUUUCUGAAAGUUUCUCCUUAUUUUAGUUCAACCUUGAUUUCUACUUUGUUGUUCUUUCUUUUUAUUUCCCUUUCUUCAAGUUCCUUUCUUCUUGUAUUCAGUUUUACUUACUUUUGCUCAAAAAAAAAACAAAAAAAAAAAACCAAAACCUUCAAAUCCCUUUUGAUUGUAUUGAAGUAGCAAGAAUCUUCUCAACACUAAGUGUAGUUUGAUAUUGAAGUUCCCAAGUGAGCAAAUCAGAGGUAAAAGAGUGUUUGGAUUGACAAUCAAAGUCUUGGAGUUACAACUUCAUAUUGAAGUAGUAAGUGGAUAUGUUUCCAUCAUUAUUAGCGUGAGGCUGGACUGAGUUGGAAGAAAAGCCUAUUGAUUCUCAUACUUUGAAUCCUCUUUCACCUUCCUUGGGUUUGAACUUGGAACAUUAUAUUCUUCAAUUUGAGCUUGUCAAGCAUGGGUUGCGGAUUUUGUGACGCUGCUGCUUCGAACUUCGUUGGAACACUGAUUGUGGACUGUAUGCUGAAGCCGGUAGGACGUCAACUUGAUUAUGUCCGUCGCUUUCAUGACAAUGUUGAAAAGCUCUGAGAGAAAAAGCGUGAACUUGCAGAUGCACGAGAUCGUCUACAACGUGAGAUUGAGAAUGCUGAAAGGCAGCUUCUACUAAUUCAUAAGGAUGUACAGAACUUGCAAGCAAAGGCAAGCGAAACACUAUCGGAUAUGGGAACUCUCGAAGAGGAAAUUGAACUGAAUAAGAGGUGUCUCAAGUGGUGUCCUAAUUGGAUUUGGAGAUAUCAAUUAAGUAAGAAAGCAAUGAAGAAAACUCAGGAUAUCGCUGAGCUUUUGGAAAAAUUUGGUCGACUUGGACCAGUCGGUUAUCGUGAUCCUACUGCCCUUCCCACUAUAGACUUCCUAUGUUCUAAGGAAUUUGUGUUUUCGAAAUCCUCAGAGACCGCCUUCUAUCAAAUCAUUGAAGCCUUAAAAGAUGAGAAUAUCAACAUGAUUGGGUUGUGGGGGAUGGGAGGGGUGGGCAAGACCACCCUGGCUCGUGAAGUUGGAAGUCAAGCUCAAAAACUGAAUUUGUUUGACAAAGCUGUGAUUACGACUGUGUCUCAAAAGCCAAAUUUUGAGAAAAUUAAAGAUGAAAUUGCAGAAUAUAUAGGGUUUGAUAUGAAGAAUGAACAAGGAAGAAUAUCUGAGAAAGAAUUAUGGUUAAGGCUGAAGAAAGAACCGAGGAUUCUUAUCAUCCUUGAUAAUAUUUGGGAAUCUAUCGACUUAAAGGGGAAGAUAGGAAUUCCAAUUGGGGAUGAUCAUAAAGGCUGCAAAGUUCUUUUAACAACACGCCUUCAACAAGUAUGUCGAGCUAUGGAUUGUCAAAACGUGGUACAACUUGGCUGUUUGGAUGAUGAUGAAGCUUGGACUCUGUUUGAAAAGAAAGCAGGUCUAGAUGACUUUUCUGAUGAUUCUAUUAAAAUCCUAGCAAAUCAAAUUGUCAAAAAAUGCGAGGGUUUGCCUAUAGCUAUAGUUCCACUGGGAAGUGCCUUGAAAGGUAAAACCCAGCAUGAGUGGCAAGCUGCAUACCGGAGACUCAAAGAUCGUAGAUUGACUGAAAUUGAGGAUCUUGAUAAAGAAAAUGCCUAUGUAUGUCUUGAGGCGAGCUUCGACUACUUGAAGAAUAUGGAGACCAAGACAUGUUUCUUGUUGUGCUUUUUAUUUCCUGAAUAUGAUGAGAUUUAUGUGGAGAACUUGGUAGGAUAUGCAUGGGGACUGAAGUUGUAUAAAGGCAUGGACUCAAUUAAAGAUGUUAGAAGUGAAGUGCUUGCAUCAAUUGAGAUCCUCAAGAACUCCAGUUUGUUGCUAGAUUGCGGAGAAAGGCAUGUCAGGAUGCAUGAUGUGGUUCACCAAUUUGCUUCGUGGUUAACAUCUUCAAGAAAGGAGAUUUCUUUUGGGACUGUUAAAACACUCCCGAUGGAUGAAAGUUUCAAGCAUUACACAGCAAUCUCCUUCGAAACUGAUCAAACGGAUGAACUUCCUAAAGGAGUGCGUUUUCCAUACCUCAAACUUCUUUUACAUGGUGGCAAUUGUUUCAUGGAAACUUCAAGCGAAUUCUUUGAGGGCAUGGAGGAAUUACAAGUUUGUGCUUUGAAUCAUCAAUUGAUAUCUCUAGCUGCAUUUCAGUUUCAUAUGAACCUUCGAACUUUGUGUUUGAUUGGUUGUCAACUCUCUGACAUCUCGAUGCUUGGGAAGCUGAAGUCACUUCAUAUUCUCUCUUUAAGUCGAUCUGAUAUCAUUGAAUUGCCGAAUGAAGCUGGUGAUCUAAAAAAUCUAAAAUUGUUGGAUUUAUCUUAUUGCUGGAAACUUGAAGGAUUCCCUCCUAAUUUAUUACGAAGAUUGUCUGAUUUAGAAGAUCUAUACUUGCAUGGUAGUCCUUCAUUAAAAUGGGCGACUGAGAAUUCAACUAAAAAGGAAAGAUAUUCCAGCGUAUCAGAGUUGAAUUUAUUGUCGGAGUUGGUUGUAAUAUCAUUGGAUAUUUCUUCUGAACAUCUUCUAGAUGGCUUUGUGUUUCAUAGAUUAUGGAGCUUUGAUGUUUGCAUUGGCAUAAAAAGAGAAUGGCGGUUCCCAAAGAGGAACCUUGAAACUCGUCCCAUCUUAAAAUCUUUAAGAAUCGGUAAGUCUUCAUUUCAAAAAGGAAUCGAUAAGUCUGUAGGAGCAUGCAAGCAAUUGUUUGAAGAUGUAGAAUCUCUUCAAUUGAAUGGUGUGGAGGGUCACCCAAACCUUAUUCCGAGCUUGGACUUGGGAUUUAGUAAGUUGACUUCUCUAGAUCUUCGAUGGUGCCACUCUAUGCAAUGCCUAAUUGAUGCAUCAAAGCAGCAAGUGCCAAUCACUACUCUCUCUAAUUUGAGAAAGUUAUCAUUAAGUGGUAUGUUUCAUUUGGAAGAGAUGUGCAAUGCUUCCCAGCCGCAAGGUUUUUUACAAAAGCUUGAAGAGGUUACAGUUUCAGAUUGUGAUAAGAUGCAAGUGUUAUUCCCGAUUGUUGAAUAUUUGAGGAGCAUAGAACAAGCAGGGCCCAGUCGUCAUUUAAGCCUCCAAAGUCUGAAGAUUGUUGAAAUAGAGAGAUGCAAAAAAUUGAAAUAUAUCUUCCCAAUGUCAGUUGCUAAUAGCCUUGGGCAAUUGCAUACUUUGAAGAUAAAAAGCUGCUCGCAACUGGAAGAUAUAAUCGAAGACCCACAAGUGGCAUACCUAUGUUCACUCCAAAAUCUAAGGGAAGUAUGUGUAUCUCAUUGCAAUAACUUGGCAUCUCUUUUCCUUAUUGUCCUAUAGUCAAAGAUUGGGAAAUUUGAUUAUGCUUUUCAUUGUAGGUUUCGUUGAUUGAUUUGCCUCAAUUGAAAGGAAGUGAUGUGAACGACAUUAUGCUCACACAAUUGUCUUUGCAGAAGUUAACAGUGCACGAUUGUCCUCAACUGUCACAUUUUAUUAUUUCGACUAC